AUGCAGGCGUGCUAUGACGAAGGCAAUCCAAUCAUCGCUUUCAACUGUGGCUUUACCGAUCAAAUGCAGGAAAAGGAGAUAACGUCCUUAGCGAAACAGUUGCAGUUGUCAUACAAUACACUCAAGCGGUCGAAGGAGUCCUGCGUGCAGUUCCAUUUGGUUGGGAUGGAUUCUGCUCUGGAGACUCGAUUGCACCCACAGGGUUACGAGAACUGGAAGGUUCAUAUCGACAAGGGCCCUUACUGGGACACAUUUGCUGGGCACGAUAUUGUAGUACUCACCCCUGAUGCUGUAGAAGACCUGGAGGCGGUUGAGAAGGAUAAGGUGUAUGUAAUAGGGGGGCUUGUUGAUCGCACCAUCGCCAAGAAUGAGACCUUCAGCCAAGCCAAUAGGCUUGACCCAGCACCGGCGGCCGGGGGGAGCAUAGUAAUGCGAAAACUACCAGUACGAGAGUAUCUACCCAAUGUCACACUGCCGGUAUUGAAUAUCAACACUGUUGUUGAGAUUUUGUUGGCCGUUCUGAAAAAAGGAAGUAGUGCGUGGAGUGAGGUUUUGGAGAGUCUAGUACCACAACGGAAGCAACUUGGUGCGGGUGAGGGUCGGAAAGCUCGAAGGCUUGAACAUAAGCGGCAGAAGCGAAACAUUCUCUACGGAGCGGGAGAUGGAGCUGAUCCGAUUGCAAAGGUUUCGGAUACGGUGUGGUACGCUGGUAAUAACGUGAAGCCCCGAGAUGAGGAAAAUGAAGAUAUUGGGACUAAGUUACUGUUUGGGUUUCAGUCUGAUGAUUCUGAUUGA